AUGGAGUCUGAACUUGAUCAGUUCCGGGAAGAGUGGUUGGCGGAGCUCAACGAGUCGCAUGCGGUCAAUCGCGAGAUUCUGGCCGAGGAGACGGCCGACGAAGCGCGGCUGCGGCAGGCUCACGAGCUCUUCUGCCGAGCUGCCGCGCUCGAGCGGUCGGGCCAGGUCACCGAGGCCAUGCACACCUACCGCGAGGCGUUUAUUCUCGACCCGGACGUCGACGUCUCGAACCGCCAUGCCUAUGCCCAGGCGCGGGCGGCGGCGGCGGAGGUGGCCAUGGCGGGCAGAGACGACGGCGGUAUGCCGGCUGACGCCAGACCGGCAACAUUGGCCGACGACGACGGGCGAGUCGAGAGUGGGUGCGACGGCGAUGCAGGCGACGGCGGGCAAGAUUUGCUUGCGCACAUCUUGUCAGGCGAGGCCGGACGAGUGGCGCUGAGUCACGAUGAUGCCGACGGCGGCGACGAAGGGUGUGCUGGCAGUGGGCUUCGGCUUGGUGACCUACCUCUGGAGCUCUUGCUUGAGAUCCUCAAGUGGCUGGACGUGGCAUCACUGGAGUCGAUUGCGCGUGUGUGUCGGCUGAUGUUUGUGCUCUCGCGCGACAAUGCGGCGUGGCGAGAGCGGCUGCAUCGAGUGUCCAAGCCGGUGCUUGCGCGGCUGCUGCCGCGAGUGGGCUACUCGUGGCGGACAGCACUGGCGUGUUGUCCGCUGGUGCGGACGGGCGGACUGUACAUUUGCCGUGAGACGUACUACCGGCGUGGUGGGCAGCGAUGCCGCAACGGGACCAUCUUCGAGCCGAUGUACCAGUGCGUGUACUGGCGGUAUCUCCAGUUCCACGCAAACGGCGAGUUUGCCUCGCUCUGCACGCCAGAGCACCCGUCGCGGGUGGUACGGUGGCUCGGAAGCAGCUGGACAAUUGGCGAGGAUGGGGCCGAGGGCCGCGGAGCCGGAGGCCGGUACGCGGCGGCCAAGCACAGCAAGUCGCGUCCGCUGCGGACGGGCAGCUUUGUGCAGAGGGAUGGGCGGCUCGAGGCGACGGCACAAGACUCUACAGGCAGCGCAGGGUCAUCGACCAGCCGGACCGCCGAGUUUGUCUUCCGCAUGCGGCUCAAGCGGUUCGGCCGGCCGGCGACGGUGUCUGCGGCGCGGACGCCGGCGCAGGUGUGGACGCUCAACGCGGGCAAGAUCGUGCUCGAGUCAUACGCGGCGCACCACCCGUCGGGCAAGGUCACGCCGUACCUUAACAAGCCGCAGGAGUACCACUUUGUCUCGUACGACGAGCUGGCGCGGUUGGAAGAGGCGCCUGCGCCGGAGGAGUGGUGAGCAAGGUUUAAUAAGACGAUGUCGAUGACGCC